UAGUAAUUUUUAUGAAAAUAUGAAAAAAAAUCUAUUAAUUUGAAACGAUGAGAAUAUAUUUUGAUUAAAUUUUGAUAUUAAAAUUUAGUUAAAACUAAGCUAAUUAAUCGGUUUUUUUCCUGCUGAUUUAAAAUUUUCUCAAAGGGAUUAUGAAUUGAACACAUAACAUAUUAAUGAAUCAAACGGCCUGCAGUUUUUCCUAUGUGAUGAAACAAACAAUCCCUCUCCUUUUGAGCUACUCCAUAGAUUAGUCUUUUGGAGUGUUGACAAAGGUUCCACUGUCGCUAACCCCUUCAAACAACAACAUCCUUAUUCCCUUUAACCCGGUUCGAAAUGUAUUAUCCAACUGCAAGAACCAGAAAACAAUCAGGCUUCUUUUUAUCUUUUCUUCUACAAAACUUGAUAGUGUGUUAGGUUCUGUACCUGUUCAUGUUCUUCUUUACUGAACUGGCUAAGAUUAUAAUUGGCUGUAUCCAUCUUCUUUGGAGGCCGUCUGAUCCCUGAUAUGAAACAUAAAACAAUUUGUAUGUAUGUCCCCAAAGUGGAGUAAAAGUUGAAAACUUUAUAUACCUAUUCUUAGACGAGGAAAAUCGCAGUUCCCUUUUAGGCCAUCGAUGAUGCUUCUCAUCCUGCAAGUAAAUGACUUUCAUCAAAUGCUGUUUUGUCAAAACACAGCUUCUAUCACUACAAGAAAGAGUAGCUGAUUCCGAGAAAAACUUCCGACAAUUCAAGUUAUGGGUAAGUUAGCGACGGCGUACCGACGUAAAACCGAGGAAAAGAAACUCCAGUGGGUAAUUUAUCGGAGAUUUCCGACAAAGCCAAUCUAUAGGAACGUUGUCGGAAUUAAUGGCCAGGGUUUCGUCGGAAAUUAAUGUCGACGUGAUUACACUCUGUAUUUUAUAGGAAAUUUCCGACGAAAAUGUAAGCUUGAAAUGUCUUCGGAAUCAUUUGUCGGUGUUUUGUCAGAAACUAAUAUGGACUUCAUUAUUGUCGGUAUUGUAUGAGUGAUUUCCGAUGAUUAAUUAGAGUCGGAAUGUCCUUGAAAUAAAUAGUUGGAUUUUUGUAGAAAAUUUACGUGGAGUGUGCUUCGUCGGUUAAUUGUAGCAAAGCAUAACCGACAUGUGCUUCACAUAAGCAGUUGGUAAUAAAUAAUUUAUUUUUUAACAACAUUUGGUAAUAAAUAACUAUAUACAAGUGGGUAGAUAAUAAAUACUUCUAGGUGAAAAUAUUUAUUUUGAGCAAACAAAGUCAUAGUUUGCCUUGUGCUUUCUUUCUUGUUACAAUCGUGUAACGAAACAAAGAAUCUGAAAAAAGUGAGAGACAAAAAUCAGAUAAAAUUUGAGAGGAAGAUUUUUCUUUGUUCAAAUGUCUAGUCACAAUAUAUACAGAGCUCGUGAAUGGAUGUAUAAUCGUGUAGAUGAAGUCACCGGUGAAAUCAAGAAGGAGUGCAAGGAAGGGCUCACCGGAUUUAUGCAAUUUGCUACAAAUCAAGAAAUCUCUCGUGAACAAAGUAAAAUGAGUUGUCCUUGUAGCAAAUGUGAUAACGAGAAAUUCAUUAAUAUUGAGACUGUAUGGAAGCAUUUGUUUUGGAAAGGAUUCACACCCGGGUAUUAUAUAUGGUUUUCACAUGGAGAGGAUUUUGGAACAUUGCCUAGUACUAGUCAUGUUAAUAUAGGCGAGUGUCGAAAUGAAAGAGUAGAAAAUAUGGUUUUAGAAGAAGAAAAUACAAUGAAUAUGGAAGAAGAUAGUGGUGGUAACAUAGUUAGAGAUGUGUUUCGUGAAACCAUUGAUGGGACUAAUAUUGCUGAGGAACCAAAUGAAGAAGCAAAGCGGUUUUAUGAUAUUCUACAAGCCGCUAGGAAUCCGAUCUAUGAAGGAAGCAAAGAUGGUUUAUCAGCUCUAUCAGCUGCAACUAGGUUGAUGAGUAUUAAAACAGAAUGGAAUUUGGCUGAGGAUUGUGUUGAUGCAAUUGCAGAUUUUGCUAAAGAUUAUAUGCCUGCAGAUAAUCUAGCACCGGGAUCAUUUUACGAAAUUCAAAAAUUGGUCUCGGGACUACGGUUAACAUACGAAAUGAUAGACGUAUGCAGAGACAAUUGCAUGAUUUUUUGGGGAGAUGACUGCAAUUUGGAAGCAUGCAAGUGGUGUGGAAAGCAAAGAUUUAAGGAAACGUCUGGGAGAAAAAAAUUCCUUACCAGAGAAUGUGGUAUUUGCCAAUCACCGAUAGGUUAAAAAGGCUCUACCAAUCUGAACAAACUGCAGCGUCAAUGAGAUGGCACGCUGAACAUGAAUUCACUGGAGAAAUUUCACAUCCAUCUGAUGCAGAAGCAUGGAAGCAUUUUCGAAAUGUUUAUUCUGAUUUUGCGGCUGAAGCACGAAAUGUGUAUCUUGGGUUAUGCACAGACGGGUUCAACCCUUUUGGGAAGUCAGGUCGGAAGUAUUCACUCUGGCCAGUUAUUGUGACCCCAUAUAAUCUACCACCAGCUCUCUGCAAGAAACAAGAAUUUUUAUUUCUGACCAUACUAGUUCCUGGACCAAAUCACCCUCGUCGGUCUCUUGAUGUGUUCCUACAACCUUUGAUCGAAGAGCUGAAAAUGUUAUGGUUCGAAGGGGUACUCACAUAUGAUGUCUCACUAAAAAAUAAUUUCAAAAUGCAAGCCGUUUUGAUGUGGACAAUUAAUGAUUUUCCAGCUUAUGGAAUGUUAUCGGGUUGGACCGCACAUGGGAGACUAUCAUGUCCGUACUGUCAAGAUAAUACAGAUGCAUUUCAGCUAAAGCAUGGUCAGAAGUCAUGUUGGUUUGAUUGUCAUCGUCGGUUCUUGCCUCCGAAUCACCCUUACCGGCGUAAUAGAAGGCUUUUUAGAAAAAACAGAGUUGUGCAUGAUGAUCCCAUUUCAAGCUAUGAUGGAGAGGAUAUACUCAGGCAGUUCAGAGAUUUUGAUGUAGAUAGCACAACAGAUUGUGGGGGAAAUGGUCAUGAAAGGAUUGAUGGUUAUGGUCAGUACCAUAAUUGGCAUAAGAGAAGUAUAUUUUGGGAUUUGCCAUAUUGGAAAAAUCAUCUUCUUAGGCAUAAUCUUGAUGUUAUGCAUAUUGAGAAGAAUUUUUUUGACAAUAUCUUCAACACUGUCUUGAAUGUGGAAGGAAAAACAAAAGAUAAUCAAAAAUCACGUUUGGAUUUGGCUGAUAUAUGUUCGCGUGAGGAGUUACAUUUGAUGGACAAUGGCAAAGCUCCAGUUCCCAUAUUCCGGUUAGAUGCAAGCGCAAGGAAUGAAUUCUUUCAAUGGAUAGUUGAUGAUGUUAGGUUCUCCGAUGGAUAUGCUUCAAAUCUAGCUAAUUGAAUCGAUGACCACGCCGGUAGAUUAUAUGGGAUGAAAAGUCAUGAUUGUCAUGUAUUCAUGCAACGUUUGUUUCCAUUCGCGUUUGCUGAACUCUUACCAAAAAAUGUUCACGAGUCAAUUUGCGGGUUAGUUUUAUUAUGAUUUCUUCUACUUAAAGUAGCUAUAUUUAGUAUUUGAAUAUAUGGACUCAUAUGAUAUUUAUGCAGGUAUUGGGUCUUUCUUCAGAGAUCUCUGUUCAAGGUCUCACACUAUCGAAGGAUUACAUAUACUUGAUCAAAACAUUCCUGUUCUCGUAUGUAAUUUGGAAAAAGUAUUUCCACCUUCAUUUUUUGAUGUGAUGGAGCAUCUAGUUAUCCAUUUACCUCGUCAAGCAAUCCUUGGAGGACCUGUUCAAUAUCGAUGGAUGUAUCAAUGUGAAAAAUCCAUGUACUAUCUGAAGAAAAUGAUAAAAAAUCUGAGUAAGGUGGAAGGAUCUAUUGUUGCCCAAUGCAUAAACCAAGAAAUUUCAUAUUUUUCAUCAUAUUAUUUUUCUCCACAUGCUCAAAUCAAGUUAAGAAAACAUGGGAGAUACGACGAUAGAGGAGAAAGGCGUAUUUAUCCCACACCUGUGCCUGACAUUUUUUCUGAAAUCGGGAGGCUUAGUGGCAAAAAGAAAAGUGUAUGGCUUACAGACCAAGAGUUCGAUCAUAUCCAUAAUUACAUUCUUCGGAAUUGCGAUAACAUACGACCUUAUGAAAGGUAUUGGUUCCUCUUUAGUUAGUUUUCAGCUUUUUAAAUAUUAGUAUAACUACUGUGUAUAUCUUUGAGUUAAUUUUAAUGUUACAGGAUUUUUGAUGAUCAAAUACGCGGAGAGUACGGUGAUGUGUCUGAAACACAGUUAGAGCAAAUGAAAAGCCAAAAUUUUUCGAAGUGGUUGCAGUAUUACAUAAGUCUAACUUUCACUAGGAUUAUAUUCUCUUAAAUUUUGUUACUAUAGUUACAUAUUUGGUGUCUCUUUUGCGUAGAUCAAAUCACAAUUGGCUAUGAACCAACCGCAAGACACAUGGCUUUUAGAGUUGAUCGGUGGUCCCUUAUCCCAAGCAAUAUCGUCUCCUAUGUAUUGUACCCGUGGCUAUAUGUUUAGGAAACGACCGGGCACGAACAAUAGAAAAACAAAUAAUCACUUUGGAUUACUAUGGCGAAAUCAACGACAUCAUCGAGGUCGAGUACCCAGGAGUAAUUAAUCUCAAAUGUGUGUUGUUCAAAUGUGAUUGGUAUGAUCCUAUCAUUGGAGUUGGAGUUAGAACAACAAAGUUUGGGGUUACUGAAAUACACACAGGUAGGCGCCUCAACAAAUAUGAUCCAUUUAUACUUGCAAGUCAAGCAGACCAGGUGUCAUAUAUCCCCUAUCCACGAGUAACGGGUCGGCGUAAUCCGUGGAUUACUGUAACCCAGAUCAAUCCACGUGGUAGAGUAGUAGGGGUGAGAGACAAUGAACCUUUGCAGCAAAAUGGUUUAACAGUGACACAGCCAUCUCAGCAUUCAGUUGAAGAGAUUCCUCUCGUCAAUGAAGAGGAUGAAUUUCCGGAAGACGUUUACGAAGGCGACGGCAAUGAAGAUAGUGGUGGAGAAUUUGGAAGCUACAGAGAUUCCGUUUCAUCUGAAUAUUCUUCUGAUUCAGAUUGAAUAACUGAUGAAUCUCCUCUGUUUUAUCACUUUUCUAGUUUGAAAAUUUGAAAGUCAGAUCAACCCAAGUCUUUGAUUACUUAUUCUACGACAUCGUUUAACUUUUCUUAAUUAAAUUUCUUUUUAACCUUCUCAAGCCCAAUGUCUAAAUAUAACGGGCCCAUAUUUCUUUUUAAAAGGGCUUAGGGUUAAACUAAUGACAGUCACAUCUCAUCCUACCAACGCCUUUCCCAGAAAACUUUUCUCGGAAAGGAUAAAUUUACGACAGUCACAUCUCCUCUCUAAUCAAAUUAAUUUACUGUCUCAGUUAAUUACCAGCAUAAGGGACGAUUUUUCGAGAAGGAUUGCCCUCUGUUGUCAGUAAUUAAUCGUUCUCUAGAUCCUUUUUCCCGCUUCCAAAUUUCAUUUCAUUUUAAUUUCCCGGCUAAUUUUACAGGGAUAGGUUUACGAGGCAAUCUAUUACAUAUAGAGGACUAAUCUUUAACCUUUUCAGCUUCUGUCAUUUCACCAAAUUUCCAAGAAUGGCGCUUUUCCCAGAACCUGGAUCAUGGCGUGGUUUCUUAGAACAAGUCUCAGGCACAGGAACUCAAUUCGGAAACGACGAGACACAACCUCCAAGUCCACAACCUCCAAGUCCAGAAAUCGAGAUGGACGAUGUCCCUGUUCCAAAUGCACCAACUAUUCAUGUUGACCUUAUGACGUUAGAUGAGUUGCUUCUUGCACCAGGAAGAAGUGAUUUGCCCAAACUUCAUCCUAAGAGAGUGAAUGGUGCAGGAUGGUAUGUAUGCCAUGUUUAUUCAUGUUUCCGACUUAUUUUCUUAUCUCAUAUUAUAAACAAUAUAUAUGUAUACAAUAUUUAUAUUCUGAUAUAUAUUACAAGGUUUGAAUACACGAAGGGGAUAACAAAGUCAAUCAAAAAAAUCAUGGAGAAUGAUUUUCCCGUAGCUGC